CUGUCAAUGAAUUAAUUACAGGAGGAAAGCUCCCUCAUAGGCUUACUGCUGCCAUCGGGAACAGUGGGGAGAUGAGCGUGUCGAGAGCAGGAAAAGAGGGCGUAACCACUGCAUCACUUAUUUUAUUUCAAAACAAAAUAGUACUACCGGUGUUCAGAUAUUAUAUUUGUGAAGGAUAGAAGAGGAGCCAUGGCGAAGCAGCAGGACACAAAGAAAUUAUUUGAGAAUCUCUCUGGCGCCGGGAAAUCCAUCGGCGUUCUGACAAGCGGAGGAGAUGCUCAAGGUAUGAAUGCUGCUGUCCGGGCUGUGGUCCGCAUGGGUAUUUAUGUGGGAGCUAAAGUUUACUUCAUCCAUGAGGGUUACCAGGGUAUGGUAGACGGUGGAGAUAACAUAGAAGAGGCAUCAUGGGAAAGUGUCUCCAGCAUGUUACAAGUGGGUGGCACAGUCAUUGGCAGUGCCCGCUGCAAGGAGUUCCGCAGCCACGAGGGGCGUCUAAAGGCUGCCCACCAACUGAUUCUGCGUGGCAUCACCAACCUGUGUGUGAUCGGAGGGGACGGUAGCCUCACGGGGGCCAACCUCUUCAGAGAGGAGUGGAGCGGACUACUGGAAGAACUUGUCCGACAGGGUCUGAUUGAUGAGGAGGCUGCCCAGAACAACUCAGAGUUGCACAUCGUGGGAAUGGUGGGCUCCAUCGACAACGACUUCUGUGGCACUGACAUGACCAUCGGGACAGACUCUGCCCUGCACAGAAUCAUAGAGGUGGUAGACGCCAUCAUGACUACUGCACAGAGCCACCAGAGGACGUUUGUGCUCGAGGUCAUGGGAAGGCAUUGUGGGUACCUGGCUCUAGUCAGUGCUCUGGCCUGUGGGGCCGACUGGGUCCUGAUCCCUGAGAUGCCCCCUGAGGAUGGUUGGGAGGAACAUAUGUGUCAGAAACUAUCUGAGAACCGUGCAGAUAAGAAACGGCUCAAUAUCAUUAUUGUAGCUGAGGGGGCGAUAGAUUGCCACAACAAGCCUAUCACUACAAACCAUAUUAAGGAACUGGUUGUUAGCUGUCUGGGGUUUGACACCCGAGUCACCAUCCUGGGUCACGUUCAGAGAGGAGGAACCCCCUCUGCCUUCGACAGGAUCCUAGCCAGUCGUAUGGGAGUGGAGGCGGUCCUGGCCCUGCUGGAGGCGUCAGACAGUACCCCGGCCUGUGUGGUGUCUCUGUGUGGGAACCAGGCUGUCCGUCUGCCCCUCAUGGAGUGUGUUCAGAUGACACAAGAUGUCCAGAAAUCCAUGGACGAGAAGAAUUUUGAGGAAGCCGUGAGACUGCGUGGGAGGAGUUUCGAAAACAACCUGAACACCUACAAACUCCUCUCUUACCACAAAGCAGACUCUGAACUCCCAAAUAGCUCCUUCAACGUGGCUGUGCUGAACGUGGGCGCCCCUGCGGCGGGCAUGAACGCAGCUGUCCGCUCGGCCGUCAGGGUGGGCAUCAAAGAGGGGCACAAGAUGUUUGCCGUUAAUGACGGCUUCGAGGGAUUCUACAAGGGACAGAUAAAGGAGAUUAAAUGGGGAGAUGUAGCAGGUUGGACCGGCCAAGGGGGGUCCAUACUGGGAACAAAGAGAACCCUUCCAGCGAAGCAUCUUGAUAAGAUUGCUGAACAAAUCAGGAUACAUAACAUCAAUGCUUUGCUUGUUAUCGGUGGAUUUGAGGCGUUUGAGUGUCUGCUGCAGCUCUAUGAGGCCCGGACCAGCCAUGAGGACUUUUGCAUCCCGAUGUGUGUGCUGCCUGCCACCAUUAGUAACAAUGUGCCCGGUACUGAUCUGAGUAUCGGGGCAGACACUUCCCUCAAUGCCAUUGUGGAGACAUGUGACCGCAUCAAGCAGUCUGCCAGUGGGACCAAGCGGCGUGUGUUCAUCAUUGAGACCAUGGGAGGGUACUGUGGGUACCUGGCCAGUGUCGGAGGGCUGGCUGCGGGGGCUGACACUGUCUACAUCUAUGAGGAACCCUUCAACAUCAGAGACCUCCAGUCCAACGUCGAGCACUUGACAGAGAAGAUGAAGACGGGGAUCCAGAGAGGCUUGGUGCUGAGGAAUGAGAACUCCAACGAGAACUUCACCACAGAUUUCAUCUACCAGCUUUACUCUGAGGAGGGGAAAGGAGUGUUUGACUGCAGGAAGAACGUGCUUGGACAUAUGCAGCAGGGAGGUGCUCCUUCUCCAUUUGACAGGAACUUUGGAACGAAGAUUGCAGCAAAAGCAAUUCAGUGGAUUUCAAGAAAGCUAAAGGAGUCCUAUAAAGACGGGAAAGUGUUCGCUAACACAGAGGACACGGCCUGUUUGCUGGGGAUGCGUCGCAGAACCAUGGCCUUCCAACCAGUGGUGCAGCUGAAAGAUGAGACAGACUUUGCCCACAGGAUCCCUAAGGAACAGUGGUGGUUGAAGCUUCACCCCCUGAUGAAGAUCCUGGCUAAGUACAAGACCAGCUACGAUGUGUCUGACUCUGGCCAGCUGGAGCCAGUGACCCGGGUCAGGCCCAAGAAGGCAGACUGAACUGACCAGCAGUCUGACCAGCAGAUAGCUAGUCUAGACUAGAGGGUUGGGCUGCUUUGAGCUGAUCUAUUCAGUGUAACUUAGCCUUUAUCAUGGUAACUCUUACCAGCACUUUUCAGUCCAUCCCAUUCUCAUGUCUCCUCAGAAACUCCACCCUUCAUAUGCACUUGCACACUUUCUCUUAUGGGUUUUACAAUGGUGAAAACUGCUUCCAGCCAACACUUAUGCUUUUAAAUUCAUGACUGGGAGUGUGCAAGUGCACACUUCUGGAAAAAGGUGGAGAAUCAGGAUGUAGCUUGUCAACUCCCAUAGGUUAUUCUUCCCUCUCUAUUUUCUUCUAAAGGGAGAGCUGACUGUGUCUCCCAUCACCUACUGUAGGUCUAUUCCACUGUGUGUUGUUACUCUAUACUUGCACUUUGUAUCAAACCUGGGCUGUGUGGCACUUAAAGGGAUAGUUCACCCAAAUAAAAAAAAGAACAGAGGUUUUUUUACUCUGUAAGCAGUUUGUGGCACUUAAGAGUAGGGUCUGUAUUCAAUCCGUGUUGCAGAAAUUCAGCGUUACAGCGUGAUUGAAGUGCAAUGUUCCCGCGUUAGCUGCACAUGUCGGCUCAGUAGGAAAUUACCUUUACAUCGCUUCAGCGAUACAGAUUGAAUAGAGCCCUGGGUCAUGUUUGUUCUGCUGCUGUAUUAUGUUGCUUUGUUGAGGAUGAUGCAUUUGUGAAAGCCAUUAUUAUGCAAUAUAUAUAGUUCUAAUAUGUUGACUCACUGUGUGUUUUCUCCAAUAAAAGAAUACUUGUGAAACCUGAA